AUGUGGCAUGCUCGAAGUCAGUUUAAAAAGUAUGAUGAUAGAAAGGAUGAGAAAAAAUUUCUCGAACUUUUAGAUGAAUAUAAGCAAAAAAAAUUUGUUUUAAAUUGUAUAUGUAAACGAAAACGUUGGGUUUGGUUAAAUAAUUUAUGGGAAAUUAUUACAAAUAUUUUUCGUUUCAUUCGACAAUUUAUAUGGUGCUGUUGUUGUCCACCAAUUUUAGGUUAUUGCUUAAAUAAGGUAGCAUUUUGGCCACCACCACGUGAAUAUUAUUUCUUUAUUGAUGAUGAUAAACAAAAUAUUGGUAAAAGUGAUAAAGAACCAUUAACUCGACAGUAUAUUGUUCGAAAAGCUAACAAAAAUUGUCUGAAGCGGAAAGAUUGGAGAUUUGGUUUUGAGCAUCAAUGUGCUGCUGAAAUAUUUGGAAUCGAAUGUUUUGUUACAGAAACAGAGAAAAAAAAUCAUAUUGCAUGUGUAUUUGUUCGAAAAUCAAGACCACGUUACACGUUAUUAUUUUCACAUCCAAAUGGUAGUGAUAUGUCUGAUCAUCUUGUUGGAUUACCGAAUUUACAUGAUGCGGCAAGAUUUUUUAAUUGCAAUAUAUGCUCAUAUGAUUAUAGCGGUUAUGGUAUUAGCGAAGGUAAUCCAAGUGAAAAAAAUAUGUAUUCGGAUAUUAGCGCUGUAUAUAAAUAUCUAUUGGAAGAUUUAUGUAUUCCGGAGGCAAAUAUCAUCCUAUGGGGAUACAGUAUCGGCACAGUAGCAUCAAUAGAAUUAGCAAAACAAGCCAGUAAACUUGCUGGCUUAAUAUUGCUAGCACCAGUAGCAUCGAUUAUACGAACGAUAUGUUGGAGGAAAUGUUGUUGGGAACGAAGUGAACAAUGCGGUCAUUUAGCCGAUUGUUGCAGUGAUCGAUUUAAUAGCGUUAAAAAAAUUAGUGAAAUUAAAAUGCCAACACUGAUAGCACAUGGAGCACAAGAUAUGAUUGUAAGAAUUGAGCAUGGAAAAGCAUUAUAUCAAUUAUGCCCUGGGGCUGUAAAACCAUUAUGGAUACCAGAUGUUGGCCAUAAUAAUCUUGAAAAUAGCUCGAUGUUAUGGCAACGAAUGCGAAAGUUUAUUAAUAAAGAAGCACGACCACCAUUAGAACGAAAAAGAUUUAAAACAUCCGAGAAAUUGAUUAAGAAGCAUAGCAAAAAUAAAGACAGCCAUUAUAAGAAAGAGAGUGAAAAGAAGAUAAGAGAAGUUUAA